CUAUGGAUAUACCUGUUAUGUUUAAAGAUGGAAAUCAGUCUAUUGAGAAGAGAAGAAUCCAGCAGCAAAGAGCAGACUCCCCUGGACCCAGCUGUGUCUCCAUGAAGAGUGAAUGGUCUAUGGAACAACCUCUUAACUUUAAAGAUGCAAUUCAGUCUAUUGAGAAGAGAAGAGUCCAGCAGGAGAGAGCAGACUCCCCUGGACCAAGCUGUGUCUCCAUGAAGAGUGACCGCUCUAUGGAGCAACCUCUUUACUUUAAAGAUGGAAAUCACCAACUUUCUAAUGAAAGACACCAGGAGAGGUCAAAGGUUACCAGUGCUCAGUCUGUACAGCAGCAUCAAGCAGAGAAGGAGAUGAACCAGGUGGAACUGGCCGACACACUGUGGGACGGAUCUGCUGCUGUCGAGUGCCAACAUAAAAUCAAGUCUCGUUUGGAGAAGAAGUCCAGGUGUGUGUUUGAGGGAAUCGCUAAAGCAGGACAGCAAACAAAUCUGAAUUACUUCUACACAGAGCUCCUCAUCACAGAGAGAGGCAGUGGGGAGGUCAACCAGGAACAUGAGGUCAGACUGAUUGAAACAGCUUCCAGGAAACCAGCCAAGAAGGAAACACUAAUCAGAUGUGAGGACAUCUUUAAACCCUUACCUGGACAAGAUAAACCACUCCGGACAAUCAUGACAAUUGGAGUGGCCGGCAUUGGUAAAACCGUCUUAACACACAAGUUUACUCUGGACUGGGCUGAAGGCAAAGCCAACCACAACAUACAAUUCACAUUUCUCCUCACUUUCAGAGAGUUAAAUUUACUGAAUGGGAAAGAGUUUAGCUUGGUGGAACUUCUUCAUCACUUCUUUAUUGAGACCAAAGAAGCAGGAAUCUGCAGAUUCGACCGGUUCCAAGUUGUCUUUAUCUUGGAUGGUCUGGAUGAGUGUCGACUUCCUCUGGACUUCCAGAGAAACCCGAUCUGGAGGGAUGUCACAAAGUCCACCUCGGUGGACCUGCUGCUGACAAACCUCAUCAGGGGCGACCUGCUUCCCUCCGCUCGCAUCUGGAUAACCACACGCCCUGCGGCAGCCAAUCAGAUCCCUGCUGAGUGUGUUGGUAUGGUGACAGAGGUGAGAGGGUUCACCGACCCACAGAAGGAGGAGUACUUCAGAAAGAGAUUCAUAGAGGAGACACUGGCUAACACAAUCAUCUCCCACAUCAAGAAAUCACGAAGCCUCCACAUCAUGUGUCACAUCCCAGUCUUCUGUUGGAUCACUGCUACAGUUCUGGAAGACUUCUUCAAAACAUCCCAGAUAGGAGAAGAGAUGCCCAAGAACGUGACUGAUAUGUACAGCCACUUCCUGAGGGUUCAGUCAAUACAGGGGGGCAGGAAGUAUCAUGGGAGAGCUGAAACAGAUCCAGACUGGAGUUCAGAGAGCAGGAAGAUCAUUGUUUCUCUGGGAAAACUGGCUCUUAACCAGCUGGAGAAAGGCCACCUGAUCUUCUACGAGGCAGACCUGGCAGAGUGUGACAUCGAUAUCAAAGCAGCCUCAGUGUACUCUGGAGUGUUCACCCAGAUCUUUAAAGAGGAGUGCGGGCUGUACCAGGACAAGGUGUUCUGCUUUGUCCAUCUGAGCAUCCAGGAAUUUCUGGCUGCCCUAUAUGUCUUUAUGUCAUUCAUCGACACGGGGGUCAAUCUGUUCUCAGGACAACCACAAACCCAGCAGUCUAAACUCUACCAGAGUGCUGUGGACAAGGCCUUAAUGAGUGAGAACGGACACCUGGACUUGGUCCUCCGCUUCCUCCUGGGCCUCUCUCUGGAGAGCAAUGCGAUUGUCCUACAAGGUCUGCUGAGAAAGACAGUAAGUAGCUCAAAGAGCAGUGAGGAAACUGUGUCUUACAUUAAGAAGAAGAUAGGUGGAGAUCUCUCUACAGAGAGAAGCAUAAAUCUGUUCCACUGUCUGAAUGAGCUGAACGACCGUUCUCUAGUGGAGGAGAUCCAACAGUACCUGACAUCAGGUAGACUCUCUGAAGAUUCUCUCUCUCCUGCUCAUUGGUCAGCUCUGGUCUUCAUCCUACUGUCAUCAGAAGAGGUGCUGGACGUGUUUGACCUGAAGAAAUACUCUGCUUCAGAGCAGGGUCUUCUGAGGCUGCUGCCAGUGGUCAAAGCCUCCAAAACAUCUCUGCUGAAUGGCUGUCAGCUGUCAGAGAGAUGCUGUGAAGCUCUGGCCUCAGUUCUCUGCUCCAAUUCUUCUCGUAUGAAAGAGCUGGACUUGAGUACCAAUGAUCUGCAGGAUUCAGGAGUGAAGCUGCUCUCUGCUGGACUGGGGAGUCCACACUGUACACUGAAAACUCUCAGCUUGUCUGGCUGCCUGGUCACACAGGAAGGCUGUGCUUCUCUGGCCUCAGCUCUGAGCUCCAACCCCUCCCAUCUGAGAGAGUUGGACCUGAGCAACAAUCACCCAGGAGACUCUGGAGCUGCGCUGCUCUCUGCUGGACUGGAGGAUCCACGCUGGAGACUGGACACACUCAGUGUGGAGCACGGAGGAGUGUGAAGGCUGAAACCAGGUGUAAAUAAAUGUACCCUGACCCUAAUCCUAACUUUUAAGCCGACCCCCACCCCUACCCUUCUUCCCCUACCAAAUGGGACAACCCUACCCUGUGACGUCAUCGGUAGUCCCUACCCUGUGACGUCAUCAUUAGUCAAAUC